AAAAAAAUGAUUACAAUACAGUACACGCCCUGAAACCUAAACCCCGAGUCUCCGUUGAAAAAGAAAACCCUAAACCCCAACUUCUUCAUUUCAUCUCCGCGCGGCAGCUACACAUCUGUCCUGCGACCAAUUUCCAGCGUCCUCCUCCACUUCGGCCGCCACAGCAUCAUAAUGGGGAAAACUGUGUACAAGAAGUUGAAGGGAAGCCAAAGUUUCAGACAAAGGUUACUUCUCUCCACUCUCUCUUCCACUCCCAUUACCAUUGAAGACAUACGCCCCAACCAAACUUAUUCUGGUCUUGCCAAACACGAGAUUUCACUCCUCCGUUUAUUUGAUACUGUCUCUGAUGGUUGCAUUGUCGAAAUCUACGAAACUGGUUAUAUAUCUCUUUUUUCGUCAUUCUUUGUUUACUACUCUUUCAUUCAAAUUAUUAUAAUUAUCUUUAUUAUUCUGAUUGCAGGUACCAAAUUGAAGUACAAACCGGGAACUAUCAUGGGUGGCAGAGUAAAUCAUCCUUUCCAAUGCGAUGUUUCACGUUCCAUUGGUUAUUAUCUUGAACCGCUCAUUGUCUUGUGUUUGUUUGCUAAGGAACCUCUUAACAUUAGACUCAAAGGAAUUACAAAUGAUUCUAAAGAUCCAUCAGUUGAUACCUUCAAGUCUGCUGCUUUUCAUAUACUAAAGCGCUUUGGAGUGGACUUCGAAGCCAUGAGUCUUAAAAUAGAGAGUCGUGGACUUCCUCCUAAUGGUGGUGGCGAAGUUGUUUUGUCCCUUCCUAUUGUUCAGAGUCUAACUGCAGUUAAUUGGAUCGAUGAGGGUUUUGUUAAAAAGAUUCGAGGAGUUACGUUUUCAACCAAAGUAUCUUCACAGUUUGAAACUAGCAUGAUUAGAGCUGCGCGUGGAGUCGUCAAUCCACUAGUUUCCGAUGUGCACAUUUUUACUGAUCACAGAACAGGUCCACCAGCUGGAAACUCUCCGGGAUAUGGAAUUUCACUGGUUGCAGAGACUACUUCUGGUUGCUACAUUUCUGUCGAUACCGCUGCUGCUCAUGUUAGGGAUGAAGAUACUUCUGGCCUUGCAGAUGAUGUGAAAAAGGAUCUGAUGCCUCCAGAGGAGAUUGGUGAGGGGAUUGCUAAUACUUUACUAGGGGAGAUAGCUCAAUCUGGAGUGAUAGAUUCAUCAUAUCAGGGUUUGCUAUUUCUUCUUUGUGCUCUAUGUCCUCAAGAUGUUUCCAAGGUUCGCGUCGGAAAACUUUCCCAACAUGGGAUUGAAACUCUUAGAAACAUAAAGGAUUUUCUUGAUCUGACGUUUAUUAUCAAACCAGAUCCAGAUACACAAUCGGUUAUCCUCAAAUGUAUUGGGUGUGGCAUGAAGAACCUUUCUAGAAAGGUCUCGUGAUGACAGUGUAGCUAGUGAAUUGAGUUUGUUCGCAAAUUUUGAUAGUUAUUAUGUAUAAUUUUGAGCAUGAUUUCAAUAUUUUACUUUGUUUAAUUGUUCUUUGGAUUUGUUAACCUGUCAA